CACCCCGCCGGUGCCGCCAUGAGCCUCCGGGCCUCGGUCAGCGAGUGUCUGCGGGACUGGGAGGAGCUGCAGGGCGGCUUCCAGCACGUGCAGGAGGCCCAUAAGCAGUACAAGCAGAAGCUCGAAGAACUAACCAAGCUUCAGGAUGGGAUCUCCAGUUCCAUUGCACGGCAGAAGAAGCAGCUGAAGGAGCUGUCUCUCGCCUUCAAAAACUGCAAGUCCUCGAUAACCGCCGAACAGGAAGAGUCCAUCCGGGAGAUCCAGAGCCUCAUCAAAGAGAGGCAGAGCAUCUUCUUUGAAAUGGAGGCGUAUUUGCCAAAGAAGAAUGGGUUGUACCUGAGUCUGGUGCUUGGGAACGUGAAUGUGACUCUACUCAGCAAGCAGGCUAAGUUUGCUUAUAAAGAUGAGUACGAGAAGUUCAAGCUCUACCUCACCAUCAUCCUGCUCAUCAUCUCCUUCUCCUGCAGGUUCCUUCUCAACUCCAGGGUGACGGACGCCGUCUUUAACUUCCUGCUGGUCUGGUACUACUGCACCCUCACCAUCCGCGAGUGCAUCCUCAUCACCAACGGGUCCAGAAUCAAAGGCUGGUGGGUUUUCCAUCACUACGUCUCUACCUUCCUCUCGGGCGUCAUGCUGACUUGGCCGGACGGGCUCAUGUACCAGAUGUUCCGAAACCAGUUCCUCUCCUUCUCCAUGUAUCAGAGCUUUGUGCAGUUCCUCCAGUAUUACUAUCAGAGCGGGUGCCUGUACCGGCUGAGGGCGCUGGGGGAGAGGCACAACAUGGAUCUCACCGUGGAGGGCUUCCAGUCGUGGAUGUGGAGGGGCCUCACUUUCUUGCUGCCAUUCCUCUUCUUUGGCCAGUUCUGGCAGCUUUACAACGCGGUCACCCUCUUCCAGCUGGCCAGACAUCCGCAGUGCAAGGAAUGGCAGGUUCUCAUGUGCGGGCUCCCCUUCUUGGUGCUCUUCGUGGGGAACUUCACCACCACCCUGCGGGUCGUCCAUCAGAAAUUCCAGAACCAGAACCAAGACGCUAAGGCCGAGUGACAAGAGGAGCUGAU